AUGUCUAAAGUGUAUGAGGCGGUGAGGAGGGUUGCGGCCCCUGUGAGGAGGACUGUGAGUGAAGAUCAGCUGAACGAGGCGAUGAUGAUGGUUAGCUCUGCUCUGAGGAAGUGCUCUCUGAGCUUGAGGGAGCUGAUGUUCAGUCUGAAGAAAAGGAGGCUCAAGGGGGACCUUAUCACUUUUGUACAACUACCUGAAAGGAGGUUGGAGCCAGCUGGGGGAGGAUAUGAAGGUGAAGAUACACAUCCCAAUGCAGAACUUUUCUUCUGGGACCUUCACAAUAAUCAUGUCAUGUGGGAAUCUUUGAAGAAGCUGAAGGACAUUGUUUAUCCUAAUGUGGAAGAAUCACAUUGGUUGUCAAGUCUGGAAUCAACCCAUUGGUUAGAACAUAUCAAGAUUGAGAAUGGAGUUGCUGAGAUAAGCUCUAACAGUAAGAAAGCAGCAAGUUCUCUAGGGUUUGACAGUCUGGAAGCACUGGACGGGUCCUAUUUAAUAUAUUGUGGCAUCAGUGUUGGAGUCUAUGGAAUGCUGCUGUGCAACCCACCUGGGUGCUUGGCACAUCCUAGGUUUUUUCCAUCUCUUGUCACAUCAGAACACCCUGGCAUCCUCAGGUCCAGAGGGACUUUGAGAAAAAGGAUUCCCAGUGAGACAAGCAAGGUGUAGUACAGAAACAGG